AUGGUUUUGGUCAAGCGUUAUGGCCUGCUACCAAGCACGGCCAACAAGAAAGCCAUCAAGUCAUACACAUUGGCCAUCCCUAAGGCUGAGUUAACUCGCAUGAACACACUUGUGGAACUCUCCAACAUAGCAACCCCAAAUUACGAAAACACAGGCGCCGACAAGUCUCAAGAGUUCGGUGUAACACGCGAUUGGCUUGUGGCCGCCAAGGAGAGAUGGCAGAACAGCUUCAUCUGGGAAGAGAGAGAGAAGCUCGUCAACUCUUUUCCAAAUUUCAAAACAGCGAUACCAACUCCCAAUGAAGAUGGUUCUCCAAGUGAUGUCUCCAUCAACGUCCACUUCACAGCCCUCUUCUCCAAGAAGAAGGAUUCUGUGGCGGUGCUCUUUGUGCACGGCUGGCCUGGGUCUUUCUUUGAAUUUCUGCCCCUUCUCAAGCUACUACGCGAGAAAUACCCAGAUGAAGACAGCCUACCAUACCAUAUCAUAGUGCCAUCAAUCCCAGGCUACGGACUUUCCGACGCCCCUCCAAUGAACCGAAACUUUACAGUCACUGAUGCCAGUUACAUGUUGGAUCACCUCAUGUCCAAAACACUUGGAAUUAAGUCCUACAUUAGCCAAGGAGGCGAUGUGGGAUCAUUCAUAUCCCGCUAUAACGGCUACAACUCUCCAAACUGCAAAGGUGUUCUCAUAAAUUUCUCUCCAGUCCCAAAGCCAGAGGGUGCUACUCUCGACGACAUGGACGAGGAAGACAAGAUUGCCAUGAAGCGAUAUGAGUGGUUUGUCACGGGGGCUGUAUCAUACAUGGGGAUGCAUGCUACUAGGCCGUCUACCGUCGGGCUGGCCAUAAUGACCAAUCCAAUCGCAGUACUCGCCUGGAUUGGCGAGAAGUUCCUCGACUGGACUGACCCAGCUUCGUUCCCUCCAACAUCUCAUACCAGCAACCAACAAUCAAACGGAUCCACAGCUUCUCCAUAUUCUAUAGAACUGAUGGACGAGGCUAUUGCGGGAGCAGCCCUAUACUACCUUACCGGAUGCAUAGGAACAUCAUUGUACUGCUACCGCCAAUUCUUUCCUCAAGGCAGGGAUGCAGCCUCCACAGUGCAACGGGACCUGUACAUUGCUAAGCCGAAGCUCUUUGGUUACUCCUUUUUCCCAUGGGAGGUCAUGGGAGCGCCAAAGGAGUGGAUUGCCACAAGCGGCGAUAUGGUGUUUUUCAAGCGGCACCCUAAGGGAGGGCACUUCGCCGCAUUGGAACAGCCAGAGGCUAUAUGGGAGGACGUGGAAGAAUUUUUGCAACUAUUACCAGCAUAUUUAUAA